AUGGAACUGUUAUCUGUUUUGGUGGGGAAAGUCACAGAUUGCUUGAUGCUGCCAGUGGAGCGAGGGAUUGGGUACUUAUUUAACUACAACAGUAACAUCACAUCUAUGGGAAAAGAAUCUGAGAAGCUGAAGAUCAUCAAAAGUGCGGUGCAGGAAAAAGAGGAAGUUGCCAGGGGAAACUUACAACUCAUUUCACUCAAUGGCGAGGCUUGGUUAGAAAGUGUUGAUACCACUAUUGCACAAGUGGAUGAUGUAAUGGGAGGUACAGCUGAGGUUGAAAGGGGUUGCUUUUAUGGUUGGUGUCCAAACUUGAAGUCACGUUACUCCCUCAGCAGGAGAGCCAAGAAAAUUACAGAGGACUUGACUAAACUUCAAACUGAAGGCGAAGUAAUCUCCUUUGAUCGUCCAGUUCAAAGUGAGGCUAUAUAUAGUAACAAUGGUGAGGAUCUGCACUCCAGAAAAUUAAAAGAGGAAGAGGUCAUGGCAGCUGUGAGAGAUGAAGGGGUCACUAUGAUUGGGAUAUGUGGUCUGGGUGGUGUUGGUAAAACAACACUCGCUGAGAAAAUCAGACUAGAGGAGAAGCAACAAGGGCUCUUCAAAGAUGUUGUCAUGGUUACUGUCAGUCAACAACCUGACUUGAAAAAACUUCAGGGUCAGAUUGCAGAAGGACUCGGGCUGACAUUAGAAGGGGAUAAUUUGUUGAUUCGUGGAGAUCGGCUGCGUACAAGGCUAAUGCUUCAGAACAGCCGUAACCUUAUAAUCUUGGAUGAUGUUUGGGAGGCUCUUCAUGAUCUAGACAAACUUGGAAUUCCCAGCGGUAACAACCACAACCAUCGGUGCAAAGUGAUAUUGACGACGCGAUUCCGAAAUGUUUGUGUAGAAAUGGAAGCUCAGCCGAUCAUUGAAGUAGGAACAUUAUCUGAAGAGGAAGCAUGGAGACUUUUCAAAGAGAAAGUCGGUGAUUUUGGCAACGAUCCUUCUCUGAUUGACAUAGCAAAAGAGGUUGCCAAAGAAUGCAAGGGGUUGCCGCUUGCAAUUAUUAUACUUGCAGGAGCACUAAAGAGUAAAACCAAGCCUUCGUGGGAGGAUGCUCUUAUACAAUUACGUGAUGCAGAACCAAAAAAUAUCCCUGGAGUGCACGAAAAGGUGUAUAAAUCUCUGAGGCUAAGCUAUGACCACUUGAGCGAGAAUGAGGCAAAGUAUCUCUUUUUGCUUUGUUCUUUGUUCGAGGAAGAUAGUUAUAUUCGGACUGAAGAAUUGCUUGGAUUUGGAAUGAGGCUUGGAAUCUUUUCGAGAAUUAAAAAUAUACAAGGAGCAAGAAAUAGGAUGUGUCUUCUAUUAGAAAUAUUGAAAGAUGGUUUCUUCUUAUCCCAAGGUCCAGACAAAAAUCAUGUGAAAAUGCAUGAUGUGGUCCGUGAUGUAGCUAUAAGUAUUGCGUCUGAGGGAGAGCAUAACUUUAUGGUAAGUCACGAUGUUAACUCGGAAGAGUUUCCAAGAAAAACUUCGUAUGAUCAUUUCAGUCACAUGUCAAUUGUUGCAAAUAAAUUUGGUGAGCAUCCUAGACCAAUAAUUUGCACAAAACUAAAGCUUUUAAUGUUGAAACUCCAUUUUGAAGAUCCAUUCAAGCUACAGGACAAUUUUUUUGAUGAAAUGAGAAACCUCAAUGUCUUGAGCCUGAGGGGACUCAGAUUUAAGGAGUCCAUUCUGCGUUUUCCAGCAUCCAUUAGGAGGUUGUCAAGUCUGAGGACUCUGUGUCUGAGUGAUUUAAUAUUGGAUGACAUAUCCUUUAUUGGGGAACUUGUCGAAUUAGAAAUUCUCAGCCUAAGAGAUUGUGAAUUAGAUGAGCUGCCAGAGGAGACAGAAAAAUUGACCAAGCUAAUUAUGUUAGAGUUUUGGAAUGAGAAUAGAACACUUAAAAGGAUUUCAGGAGGGGUGUUAUCAAAAUUACUAGCUCAAUUGGAGGAACUACAUAUGGUGGGAGUAGAAGAUUGGAGUGAUGUGAUGUACAGUAACCUUGGGCUUCCCUCCAAGUUGAGACGGUACACUCUUAGAAUGGAUGGAUUUUACUUGGGGAUUUCAAACAUUGAUGAUAAAGACAAGAUUAUUGCUUUAGAGGUCACGAAGACUGCCCCAUUGGGUGAUUGGAUCUGCCACCUGUUGAAGGAGAGUGAACUUGUAGAGUCAACCGGAAAGGACUUUAAUAAUGUGUUGACUGAGUUGCAGCUGAAUGAAUUUCAGAACGUGAAAUGUCUCUGCCUCUAUCAAUGUGAUUUAGUGAGACAUUUAUUGAAGAGGACACAUAAAGUAAUCAAGUUCCCCAAUUUAUAUGAGUUGAAGCUUGAAAAACUGAAAUGCCUGACUCACAUUUGCAGUGACAAUGUUGAGCGCAUUGAGUUCCCUCUGUUACAAAUAAUGAUCUUCAAUGGCUUACCUGAGUUCCAGAAUUUCAGGCCUACAGCCAACAACUCAAAUCCUCUUUUUGAUGAAAAGGUUUCUUGUCCCAACCUAGAAGAGAUAUCUAUCAAUAGAGCUAACAACAUAAGUGCUCUAUGCUCUCACCAACUUCCAACUGACUACUUCACCAAACUUCAAACAUUGAGAGUAUCAUAUUGUGGAGAAUUGCGAAACUUGAUGUCUCCAUCAGUGGCCAGAGGUCUUCUGAAUCUCCAAGUGUUAUACAUAGAAAACUGUCAAUCAAUGGAAGAAGUGAUCACAAAAGGAGAAGGAAUAAUCACCUUAUUUCCCCGAUUGCAAGAGUUGAAGCUUUGGGGCCUGCCUAAGCUGGGGCAUUUCUUUCUCACAGAGCAUGCUCUUGAAUUUCCAUUACUCAGAAAUAUGACUAUUCAUUGCUGCCCUGAAAUGAAGACAUUUGUCCAACAGGGAAUAUCUAUGAGUACACCGAUUCUCAAAUGUGAUGAUGAGGUGAAAGUAGAUGAUCUAAAUAAAUGGAUACAAGAGAGGUCAAAUCCUCUUUUUGAUGAAAAGGUUUUUUGUCCCAACCUGGAAGACCUAUACAUCAACGGCCUUAAAAGCAUAAGUGCUCUAUGGUCUCACCAACUUCCAACUGACUACUUCACCAAACUUCAAACAUUGUUUGUAUCAUUUUGUGGAAAAUUGAGAAACUUGAUGUCUCCAUCAGUGGCCACAGGUCUUUUGAAUCUCCGAAAAUUAAGAAUACAAAAUUGUGAUUCAAUGGAAGAAGUGAUCACAAAAGAGGAACAAGAAGGAGCAGGAAUCAUGACCUUAUUUCCACUCUUAGAACAGCUGAAACUUAGUUUUCUGCCUAAGUUGAGGCAUUUCUUUCUGACAGAGCAUGCUCUUGAAUUUCCAUUUCUCACUGACGUGUAUAUUGAUGUCUGCCCUGAAAUGAAGACGUUUGUCCAACAGGGAAUAUCUGUGAGUACACCCAGUCUCAAAUUGAUGAUCUUCAAUUAUAGGAGGCGGAAAGUAGAUGAUCUGAAUAAGUCGAUACAGCAGAUGUUUAACAAGGUUUCUUGUCCCAACCUGGAACUUCUAUCUAUCCGGGGGCCUAACAGUAUAAGUGCUCUAUGCUCUCACCAACUUCCAACUGACUACUUCACCAAACUUCAAAGAUUGAAAGUAUCAGAUUGUGGAAAAUUGAGAAACUUGAUGUCUCCAUCAGUGGCCAAAGGUCUUCUGAAUCUCCAAGUGCUAGAGAUACAAGAUUGUCUAUCAAUGGAAGAAGUGAUCACAAAAGGAGAAGGAAUCAUGACCUUAUUUCCCCGAUUGCAAGAGUUGUACCUUUUCAACCUGCCUAAGCUAGGGCAUUUCUUUCUGACAGAGCAUGCUCUUGAAUUUCCAUUACUCAGAAUUGUGUCUAUUCGUGACUGCCCUGGAAUGAAGACGUUUGUUCAACUGGGAAUAUCUGUGAGUACACCGAGUCUCAAAAAUGUGAACUUUGAUGAUACGGUGAAAGUAGAUGAUCUAAAUAAAUGGAUACAGCAGAGGUUCAAUAACAAGGUUUCUUGUCCCAACUUGGAAAGGCUACACAGGGGGGUUAACAGCAUAAGUGCUCUAUGCUCUCACCAACUUCCAACUGACUACUUCACCAAACUUAAAACAUUGAUUGUACAGAAUUGUGGAAAAUUGAGAAACUUGAUGUUUCCAUCAGUGGCCAAAGGUCUUCUGAAUCUCAAAAAACUAGAUAUAAUUUCUUGUGAAUCAAUGGAGGAAGUGAUCACAAAAGAGGAACAACAAGGAGAGAGAAUCAUGACCUUAUUUCCCCGAUUGGAACAGCUGGAUCUUACCGAUCUGCCUAAGCUGGGGCAUUUCUUUCUGACAGAACAUGCUCUUGAAUUUCCAACGCUCAGAGUAGUGAGGAUUAGGCACUGCCCUGAAAUGAAGACGUUUAUCCAACAGGGAAUAUCUGUGAGUACACCGAUUCUCAUAAGGGUGAAAAUUGAUUUUGAGGAGGUGAAAGUAGUUGAUUUGAAUAAAUCGAUUCAGCAGAGGUUUAAUAACAAGGUUUCUUGUCCCAACCUGAAAUACCUAUACGUGCAUUGGGCUAACAUAAGUGCUCUAUGCUAUCACCAACUUCCAACUGACUACUUCACCAAACUUCAAACAUUGGAAGUAUUAGAUUGUGGAAAAUUGAGAAACUUGAUUUCUCCAUCAGUGGCCAGAGGUCUUUUGAAUCUCCAAAAGCUACAUAUACUUCGUUGUGAAUCAAUUGAAGAAGUGAUCACAGAAGAGGAAGAACAAGGAGAAGGAAUCAUGAUCUUAUUUCCCCGUUUGGAAUACCUGAGUCUCGCCGAUCUGCCUAGGCUGGGGCAUUUCUUUCUGACAAACCAUGCCCUUGAAUUUCCAUUUCUAAGAUAUGUGGGAAUUGAAGACUGCCCUGAAAUGAAGACGUUUGUUCAACAGGGAAUAUCUGUGAGUACACCGAUUCUCAAAAGUCGUGAUGAGGUGAAAGUAGAUGAUCUCAAUAAAUGGAUACAGCAGAAGUUCAAUAACAAGGUUUCUUGUCCCAACCUGGAAGAGCUAUCCAUCAGCGGGCUUAACAACAUAAGUGUUCUAUGCUCUCACCAACUUCCAACUGACUACUUCACCAAACUUCAAGCAUUGCAAGUAUCAUAUUGUGGAAAAUUGAGAAACUUGAUGUCUCCAUCAGUGGCCAAAGGUCUUCUGAAUCUUCAACUGUUAUGGAUACAAUACUGUCAAUCAAUGGAAGAAGUGAUCACUAAAGGAGAAGGAAUCAUGACCUUAUUUCCCCGAUUGGAACAUUUGACUCUUACCAAUCUGCCUAAGCUGGGGCAUUUCUUUAUGACAGAGCACGCUCUUGAAUUUCCAUUUCUCAAGGAAGUGAUUAUUACUGACUGCCCUGAAAUGAAGACGUUUGUCCAACACGGAAUAUAUGUGAGUACACCGAUUCUCAAAUGUGAUGAUGAGGUGAAAGUAGAUGAUCUCAAUAAAUGGAUACAACAGAGGUCAAAUCCUCUUUUUGAUGAAAAGGUUUCUUGUCCCAAUCUGAAAGUGCUAUAUAGCAUUGGGGCUAACUGCAUAAGUGCUCUAUGCUCUCACCAACUUCCAACUGACUACUUCACCAAACUUCAAUCAUUGGAUGUAUCGCAUUGUGGAAAAUUGAGAAACUUGAUGUCUCCAUCAGUGGCCAAAGGUCUUCUGAAUCUCCAACUGUUAUGGAUACAACACUGUCAAUCAAUGGAAGAAGUGAUAACUAAAGGAGAAGGAAUCAUGACCUUAUUUCCCCGAUUGGAACAUUUGAAUCUUACCAAUCUGCCUAAGCUGGGGCAUUUCUUUAUGACAGAGCACGCUCUUGAAUUUCCAUUUCUCAAGAUAGUGAUUAUUAAUGACUGCCCUGAAAUGAAGACGUUUGUCCAACACGGAAUAUCUGUGAGUACACCGAUUCUCAAAUGUGAUGAUGAGGUGAAACUAGAUGAUCUCAAUAAAUGGAUACAGCAGAGGUUCAAUAACAAGGAACAAGAAGCUAGUCAUGGUGACGAAGAUGAACCUAGAGGAAGUUCCAGUGGAGAAAGGAAAAUUGAUCCAAUCUAA